AUGGCCAGGCAUGGGCUGCCAAGGCCAGGCUGCCUCUUGGCAGCCGCCUUGCUUUUAGUAAGCUUGCUGCAAUUUCAAUGGCUAGAUUUUACAGCUUGGCGAUCCGCCGAGAGGAGUAGCUCCAGCUCUCGACUCGUUGGCUGGAGAUGGCAGCCCUCCGUGCGAGGGCAACUUCCUGCAAUGAGACUCGGUCCGGGUGGUGGCUCUGAUCCAGUCAACAAUGUGUCGCCUGAAAUGGCAGCUGCUGGACGAAAGUAUGCUCAGAAGUACGAGGACAUCAUGUUGGCUGGACAGAAGGUUUGGCAGGAAAUGCUGAAGAAAGACGAGGUCCCAAAGAAGAUCUACUUCAUUGGCACAAAUGGAAACACAGGUGAGAUGGUUGCAGAAGCCUUGAUGGAUUCACUGGCGUAUGUCCCAGCUCCCGAUGGGACUUUGUUUUUGCGCAGAAAACCGGGGGUCGACUACCCGAAGCUGAAAUACUAUCUUCUGAACGGGGACAAGGAGUUGGCAGCGAGAGCUCCAAAAUCGCCGGUGGACCUGUACAUGGAAGAUGAGAAGAAAUAUCGUGAGCUGGAGACUGAAGUGUUGAAGGAGUUUCAAGACCUGGAAACGGAGGGCCAGCCCGCCGGCAUCAUCGUCGGAGAGAGCGCUGUUAGCAUUCCCGAGAACGUUGAAAUCCUGAAAACCGGCUUGGUGAUCUGGCUGGAUGUUGCGGCCGAGUUCAGCUGGAGCAAGACACAGAUGAGAGCCAAAGCCGGUGGGGGACUCUUCAUCCCCUACGAAAUCAUCAGGCCGCCUGUUUGGUGCAUUGCAAAUGGCUGGGAUGGAGACAUCGAUGACGGGGAGGCAAAGGCGGAAUACAUGGAUAUGGUCGAGAAAUACAACGAGAUGUACGAGGAAGUCGCUGACCUUCGUCUUCGAGCAGUGCCAGUGGCUGCAUGA